UAUAGCUUUUGGGGCGGUCACACUUUCGAAACUGUAUCUUACAGUUAUUGGAUUUUCGCUCUUUUUUGGCAAAAUAUAAGUUUUGUAACCGUUCCGUCUUACGUUUUUUGUCGUUUUUGUGUCCGUCCAAUUAUUUCAGUCCCCUAAAAAAUGGAACGUUACAAUCGCGUCUGGAGGGAUCCCGGAUCUCCGUUGGCGCCAUUAACUCCACUUACCUCCCAGGCGUUCUCAUUCGACAGUGUGGACGAUGAUGUAACGCCAACUGGGGUCGGAAGGAGCAACACCGCAUCACGGACUGCCCUGUUCCGUGGCCUAAAGUCAAGCCAUUUGCAAGUGCCAGACCGCCGGCACCCAGGACAGGGUACCACUAACCGGAGCCUACCAGGAAGUACCGAACCGACGCGUUAUUCGCAAGCAUUUAUGCGCACGCGAUCCGUGUUUUCGCCAUCAGGUCAGAAUACCCACAAUAGAACCAGUGGCAGCACCUCCUCGACCUCCAUUUCGCUUGACCCACAAUCGCGGGAGGUGCGAGCCGCGAAAAUUAAGCAGGAAAUACUGCAAGGGUCGCGGCAAACAGUAACGGUGAAAAAUGAUUUGUCCUGGUUGAAAAAGGGGUCCAGUUCCAGAAAAAAGGAGUCCACUAUGAGCCCUAAUCCCAGUUCCACUUAUAGACGCUUUAAGCACUCCUCCCCGGUGGAGCAUCCCACCUUGAGUCCGCGGGUCAGAUCCCUGCUGGACCGCACGGGAAAUGAGCACCUCACUGAGCUGUUCACCCGCCAGGAGAUCGACCUCGAGGUCCUCAUCCAACUGACCCUUGAGGACCUAGAAGCUUUGGGAGUUCGCGGUGCGCGGGAGGUUAAAAUUGCCAUGCAAAUUAUUCAGCUGGCCAAGCAAUUUUUUAAAGCUUAAAUUAUUUAUUUUAUGUGUGCGAAAUUCAAGUUAAUCUUAAUGUUUUAUGUGAAGUACCUUUUUUUUAAUGGUUAGAUUUAAAUAAAUGUUUAUUUUUAAGCUA